UAAACGAUCUCCCCGAUUAGGACACACAGGGGUUUCUUUUCAGGAAAGUUGAACGUUCAAAUCCUUUGAAAGUUUUUCCUUUGCAUCACAGACCCUUAGGAAAAGAAGGAGAGGGAGAAAAAAGAGAAACAGACUUUAGGAAAAGAGGAGAGAGAGAUGGAGGGGGUUGAAGCUCGGUUUCAUAUGUCCUGGAGGAGAAGGAGGAGGAAGAGGAGGAGGAGGUUUUCAGUUUAACACACUUUAGCGUUGUCGAGUCCCACAAAAGAACGGACAAGCAACCGGUGGAGAGCGACACGAAUUGUAACAUUGUAACAUCGCAACAUUCUAACAAUGGAACACUGCGACACUGGAACGUUUGUUUUGUUUGGGGGUCCCGCUUAAAAUACACGCCGACAGCUGGAGGAGUUUUCAAACGGCGAACGUGGAUUGUGUUCGAAGCAGCUGAGUGUGCAUAUUUUUGGAUACGGUUAUACCGAGAGGAAACGGGGGGAACCGUAGGAAUAAUAACGACAAUAUGCGGCGCCGUUUACAUUCCGCAACAAGAAGUUUAGGAAAGAUGAAAUGGGAAAGUUCGUUUUAAAACGCGAGUGUCACUAACAGAGCCAAUGUGCUUCUUCGAAGCGUCAUGUUAUAAUGUUAUUAUCGUCCGUUAUGGAUUUCUAACGUUAUUCGUUGCUUCUGUACAUUCGGUGACCGCAACACUACUGCAAAUGCCAUGAGAAGAUGAUUGGUUUUCAUAAAGGUCAUUGCGCGUUGGGAGUUUUUUCUAUCACACUUGCUUGGACUUGUAUGUGGUUCUGGUUAAACUGAUCGUUGAUGGCUGUUUGUGUUCGGGUUAACUCUCCACCGGCUGAUCAGGGGGGAUCGAUCCGCCUGAUUCACGCUUUCCAGCAUCUACAGGAGGAGGACGACCUCGGGACGCGAGAGUGGCUGCUGGUUUUGCACCUGGACUGUUUUGAAGAUUCGGCUUUCAUAUCUGGACCUGGAUUAUAAAGCCCGUCCGCGUCUUGUGUCCUGUAUGCCUGCGUGAGGGUUUCGCAGGCAGGGAUGCAGCUGAAUCGACCCAAGAGCGCGCAUCUCAUCAGCUCCAGUCCGCACAGUUCACCCUCUUAUUCCAGCCAGUUCAAAAGCAUGCGCUUCUCAUACCACAUCAGCAGCGGUUUACCCAGUCCACAGCCUGCCCUGCGCAGAUCAGGCCCGUCCACCACCAGUCCACGGCUUCUAACCAAGAGUCUAUCCCUUGAGCCAGGCCCCUGCCUCGGAGCCCACGAGACCCCACAGCCCCUCUGCUCUGACCCUGGACCCCUGGAAGCACAGCACUGCAAUGGCACAAGUGAGGAUGGACCUCAGGACGUCCCGCCUCCACCCCCUAAAACACGCCCACCUUUACCUGGGCCAAAGCCUCAAGUGCCCCCGAAACCCCCUCAUCUCCAGCAGCAGAGCGCUCGACGGCCACGCCCCCCAGAGAAGCCCCUCCCACCACCACCCUCCCGCCCACUCCCCGCCGACCCCCGCCAAUCACGCGCCACCUUACCGAGAGCAGAGGGAAGCUCCUCCCCCACUUGUGUCCUCUCGCUCAUCGAGAAGUUUGAGAGAGAGCAGAUCAUCGUGGUACCAGAUAUCACCGGGGGAGUGAUGUGUACCCCACGGGUCCCCGAACAGCAGACCGCUUCUGGGUCAUUUAGCCCUCCACCCUCAGAGUUCAUCCUGCCCUGCACGUCCCUUCAGGAUCCACUAGAGGCGCCGCUGGCCGAGGAGGAGGUCGAGAAGGAAGAUGAGGUGGAUGAAACCGAGGAGGAUGACAGUGAACUCGGGGCGACCUGCUCAGAAAAGCGUCUCUCUAUGGAAUCGGGCUACGGAGCCUCUGAUAAACUGCUGGACACUAUGGAAAUGAGGGACCUCACAGCCAACCAAUCAGAAAUCCCCUCGGAACGCUUGUCCCUCCCACCAUCACAGAUGGAUGGGAAGCUGGCCAAUAGAGACAGUGGCAUUGACAGCAUCAGCUCGCCCUCACACAGCGAGGAGCUCUGCUUCGUCGGGGACGAGGAUCGGGUCGGUCACGAGAGGGAGAUUUGCCCCUGCAGUCCAGGGCCCGGGCUUCCUUGCGGCUAUGCCGAGGGGCCCGAAGGAGAGGGGGCCAGCGGUGUGGAGGGCGGCAGAGACUCAGAGGGAGACAGUGAUAUGGAGGAGGGCAGCGGGGAUGAGAGUGAGAUGAACCCCAUGGCCCUUCAACCUCUGCCUAAAGCUGAACGGCAGGACUCCACUGAGCUGUCAGUGCAGCAGCGGGUGUUUAACAUUGCUAAUGAGCUGCUGCAUACGGAGAAAGCGUACGUGUCCAGACUACACCUCCUGGACCAGGUGUUCUGCGCCCAGCUGAUGGAGGAGGCCCGAGCUCGCAGCUCCUUCCCCUGUGAGAUGGUCAUGGGCAUCUUCUCCAACAUCUGCUCCAUCUACUGCUUCCACCAGCAGUUCCUGCUGCCCGCGCUGGAGAAACGCAUGGAGGAAUGGGAUCUGAACCCCCGCAUCGGGGACAUCCUGCAGAAACUGGCGCCUUUCCUGAAGAUGUACGGCGAGUAUGUGAAAAAUUUUGACCGGGCCAUGGAGCUGGUGAACACCUGGAUGCAGCGCUCCUCUCAGUUCAAAGCCAUCAUUCACAACAUCCAGAAAGAGGAGAUGUGUGGGAAUCUUACCCUACAGCACCACAUGUUGGAGCCUGUGCAGAGGAUCCCUCGCUACGAGCUCCUGCUCAAAGACUAUCUGCACCGUCUGCCAGAGGACCCUGGAAAUAUUGCAGUGUAAAAAUCUCUGGAGCUGAUUGCCACAGCGGCAGAACAUUCAAACGCUGCCAUCAGGAAAAUGGAGCGCAUGAGAAAGCUGCUGAAAGUGUACGAGUUGCUCGGUGGAGAAGAGGACAUUGUUAACCCGACUAAUGAGCUCAUCAAAGAGGGACACAUCCUGAAACUGUCAGCCAAAAACGGGACAUCACAGGAUAGAUACCUCAUUCUGUUCAAUGACAGGUUGUUGUACUGCGUUCCCAAACUGAGGCUGAUUGGACAGAAGUUUGGAGUGCGAGCGCGGAUUGACGUAGACGGCAUGGAGCUGAAGGAGACCAGCAGCAUGAACGUACCGCGAACAUUUCUGGUGUCGGGAAAACAACGUUCACUAGAACUGCAAGCGAGGACGGAAGAGGAGAAGAGAGACUGGAUUCAGGCGAUCCAGGCCACUAUACAGAGACAUGAACAGACGCUGGAGACCUUCCGGAUGCUCAACUGCUCGUUUCGGGAAGAGGACUUCACUCCUCCAAACUCUCCGAAUUGCACAGAGCUUGGAAAGCGAGCGCCCACUCCAAUCCGGGAGAAAGAGGUCACACUGUGCAUGAAGUGUCAGGAGCCUUUCAACUCUAUUACCAAAAGACGGCAUCACUGCAAAGCCUGUGGACAUGUGGUGUGUGGGAAGUGUUCGGAGUUCCGUGCUCGUCUGUUGUACGAUAACAACCGAGCCAACCGCGUGUGUAUAGACUGCUACACCAUGCUAGUGGGAGUGCCGCCCUCUCCGGCCAGUCUGAGCAACAGCACACAGAGACGCCGCUCCAUUCUAGAGAAACAAGCCUCAGUUGCAGCAGAGAACAGCGUGUUGUGUAGUUUCCUUCAUCAUGUGGAGAAAGGAAGUGGACGUGGGUGGCAGAAGGCCUGGUUUGUCAUCCCUGACAGUGAACCACUGGUGCUGUACAUCUAUGGUGCUCCGCAGGAUGUCAAAGCCCAGCGCAGUAUUCCCCUCAUCGGGUUUGAGGUGUCUCUACCCGAAUCAAGUGACCGUCUAGAACGUCGCAACGCCUUCAAAAUGAGCCAGAGUCAUUUGACCGUUUACUUCAGUGCCGACUGUGAGGAACUGCAGCGGCGCUGGAUGGAGGUCUUAUCGAGAGCUGGCAGGGGUGAGGAGCUGCAGUCAAACGGUCCGAUAUCCGAGGCCCUCGAGGAAGAAGGGGAGGAGCCAGUACCUACGGGAGAAAACACAUGAUUGGCUGAAAAUAUGAUAUCAUUUUGCACACACAAACUGUACAAAUGUGACCACACCGACAGGAUAUAAUAGACAAACACACACACACACACACACACACACACACACGUAUACCUUCUCUCUUGCACACAUCUGUAUUAAUUGUCAGUUGUAAAUUGCAUGAAAUAUCUACAGGUACGUUUCUCUGUGUAUUGCUCAUCUUGUGUGAGUGACCAGUGUUUGGAACAAUCUGACAAAAGUGCGCACACUUUAAAGACGACUUGAUAAUGUGCAUCAACUCUUUCGGCCGCUAGCUGUUUCUAUGUUAAAAAGACUGAUUCUGCCAAAUCUCGAGGUGUUGUGGUUUCUCGACUGAGGCUAUGGUUUUGCAAAGUGAGACGGUUCUACAGUUUGGUGGCUGUGUGUGAAUGUUUGGCCUGGCUUCAUGAAAAGUUUAGGUGACCUAGAGAGUCUACAGUGAAGUACCCUAGUUUACAUAACCAGAAGCUGGAGGGAAUGACGGAUUUUGUUGGUUUUAAAUAAGUAAGAGUAAGUGGACUAUGAAUCCUGCCAAUAUUAAUGGCAAUAAUCCGCUUGGUAAGAGGAUCAAAUUCUGGAUUUCACAUUUCUAUUACUUGUAAAACAUCGGCUAUUGCAUUUAGUAGUGGAUUGUGACAGGAUUGGCCACAUGAACUGUUGUUCAGCUAUGCAAGCCUGUGUUUACCUCAGAAACAUAGUAUACAUGUGUGGUAAUCAGGAACUGCUGGAACAUAGCAGGAAUAUUUAUUAAGCGGGUUUUAACCACUCACAACCACAGAAAUAUGUGCUUCCUGUUGACUUCAAGGUCCUUCAGCUCGGAAAACACCAACAAAUUUAGUCUGCCACCUAGAGGACGCUUGCACACAUUCUAGGAGUGAAUGUCAGGGAACCUGUCAAGAACAUGUCAACCCAAAUUUAAUACCAGUUAAGAAACUUUAUUUUGCAUGUAAGUAAAGUAAAUAAAGCUUGUUAUAAUGACCAUUAAGAUUUUUGUUGCACUGUGACAUGGUUUAUUAGUACAAAUCUCAUUACUGUAAGGUGAAAUAAAUUAUACAUUAUUUAAAUUGUAAAAUAUUUAUAAAGUAUAUGUGGUACUGUCUUUAAUUUAUGCUGAUUUACAGUAAUGAGAAUCUGAUAAGAACUAUUGAGAAUAGUAGGAAUUACAAAACGUCUUAACUGUAAUUAAAAUAAUAUGUCACGAUGUAAAAAAUAAAAACUUAAUGGUGUAAAAAUAAGCAUUUUUUAUUUUAAACAAAAUAUUUUUUUUAUUUGGGGGGUGAAAUGUAUGGAACCUUGUUUCUGCCAUGGGACAAACAAAAGUGACUUUUUAUCUCCAAUACAGACUUUUUUCUCGCAAAUCUUAAUUUAUAUCUCACCAUUCUAAUUUUAUAUAAACUCAAGGUUCUGAGAAACAAUUCUGAGAAAAAAAGUGCAAAAAAAAAGUCAAAAUGGUGAGACGAAAUUCAGAAUUCGGAACAUUUUUUUUUUUUAAAUCUUGCAAUUAUGACAAUUACUUUUCUCUUUGUAUUGUGAGAUAUAAACUCAAAAUUGUGAUUCUGAAUGAUGACGUAAAUUCGCACUUACCAUUUCAUUUAUUUAUUUAUUUAUUUUUACUCCAUGGUGGAAACAGGCUUCCAUAGAAAUGUGACCUGGACAUGUUUUGUGCGAUUCACACUUUAGACUGUCCCUUUCGCUCCAACUGUAGGGAAAAACAAUUCUGUGGAAGAAACCGUGUGUGAUGGGAACGUUUCAAUCAAAGGAAUUGACAGGGCUCUCCCUACAGGAUAAGAGAUUUUAUCCUGGUUUUUGAGUGUGCAUGUGUGAUUUCAUGAAUGCAGGGGUGUUGUGGCAUUUGAUAAGACUGCAGAUAAUAUGAGGAUUUUAGGUCAUGAGGGUGUGUAUGAAUCGGGCUAGUUUUUAUCAUUGUAAACUCAAUGAUAUCCCUGCCUUAUUUAGAGGGUUUUUUGAUAAAUAUAGAAUAUAUAUAAAUAAAAAAAAGGUAAAAGUUUUGAUGAGGAUAUCAAACGUUUUUAACUGUGGUGUAUUUGUGUAUGAAAAGUGCAAAAGAUUAAAGGACGAAUUCAUUUGUAAAUAUAACUUAUUCCUCUGAGCCCAGUUUUGUGGGUUAGGUAUUGUCAAUGAGCUUUGGUGUUUGAUCUUUGUUAUGUGCAGUUUUAAAUGGAUUCUGAGCAUUGUGGUAAACCCCAGGUCAAGAAAAGCUUAGGAUAAGUUCUCUCGUUUCACCACUUUUUCCAGAGGUAGAUAUUCGGUGUUUUAGAAAGAGCUUCAUUUUCAUUUCCUCUUUUGAAUCCAGUUAUUUGCCAGUGUGAACGGCUGAUGACUCAUUGAGAACUGCUUUACCUUUUUUGUGUUUGAUAUCGCUUUAAUCUUGCUCUUUGUUGUCAAAGACAUCGCUCGAGUAAGUGAAGGUGAUCCAGUCGUUGUGUUUUCCCAGUCCACCAGCCUCCAGCCUGUCUGCGGUUUCCUUCCUCAGAGGUUUCUGGACUGUUGAUGGCAGCACAUGGCUUUGGGACAGGGCUGUGUGUGUUCACUUCCAUAUGUUUACGACUUGUACCGGUCAUUCCCAGAUCCUCAGUUGAGCCUGCCAGUCACUCACGCUUACACACACAUUCAUCUUCCUGCUUCUCUCAGUAUUAUUGUUCUUGAUAUCCUGCCUUACUGAUAUUUUGCAACCUUGUGCUUCUCUUCACAUUGUUUUUCACAACUGCUUUUUGCCAAAGUAUACUACAGAAAAUUUGUAUUAGUAAUUGAAAUGUUUCCUGUCACAUUUUUUGUUUCUUUACCUUUCUUUUUUGUUUAAUACCGUUGUUUAAUAUUUAUUGUCUUUUUUACUCCUUGAGGUAAUUGUAGUGAAGUUAGUAAACUCUGCAAUGAACCAAAUGAUGAACACUACCAAAAUACAAAGGCAAAACACUAUAUGUUAACAUUUGGGAGAAUAUAAGUUAUUGUUUCUGUGUGCUCCAAGUCCAACAGUAAUUGGAAGUUAAUGCAUGAAAUUUAAUUUUUAAUAUUUCCAUUUCUAUUCUUCAUCCCUAAGUCCACAAAAUUAUUAAAACUAUUUUUUAAAGGAUGUAUUUCUCUGAAAUCUCACAAAAACUACAUUAUUCAUAGAAGAUACAGAUAAAAAACUUCAUUUUAGCAAGGAUAUCUGAACAAUUGUGCAUUUUUAAACAAACAAUCUGACAUUAAGUGUCAUAUACAGAAACAGAGGUGCUAUUUUAUUGUUUGAUCAAGGGAACAGGUUUGUGUUUAUAAAUAUAUGAUAUGAUGGUACAUUCAGUGUAUCUAAAUGAACAGGUUAUAAAAACAGAGUUUCUAGUCUUUAAUAUGGAGUAAUAACACAGUGAUUAUUCUGUGGCAAGAAUCAUUUGGGAGAAACUGUUACAUCUCUGUGGUGCAGAACAGAGAAUUAAAUGUUACAUUGUAUAUAUUGUAUAUGCGUAGAUCUGCAUACCAAAAGAUUCCAUGAAUAGCACAGUCUGAUGAUGACGAUGAUGAUGUAAUCUGUUCCUACACCUGGAUUAUUGACUUGAGGGUUCUAAUCUUGUUCAUGUUUAUAACCUAGUUCUAUUACACCAAAUUCAUUUUUGCCAUUACGACGAUUACUUUGUUACAUGCCAAACUUUUAAACCCUAUUUAUUGUAAGCCAGCAUUUGGUCAUGCAGGUUUCUUUUAUAUGGAAGCUAAAGAAAGCAGUGUUGAUGGCAUGGGCAGCUGUUUUGCUCAUAGAUGUUAAUGAUUACCUGCCUAGAGAUGAUCUACCAUUCCUUCUCCUCUGCUCUCUGGCAUCAUCGCAGCAUGCCAAACCCGAAGUAGUGGAAUGAGCACCUCCUGACACGCUUCUGUCAUUUUUUUGCUGACUCUUCAUUUGAUUUACGUCUGCAACAAAUCAGCAGAGAGGGAUUUGUAAAACAUUGCCAGAUAGCCCUAUAGUUGAUCUUCUCAAGGACAGUUCAUGGCAUGUUAUUUUGCACAAAUAACCCUCUCUCAGAAAACCAAGAAAUUGCUGCAUGACGAUAGUUUUUUUUUUUUUUUAAUCCUAUUAGCCAAACCAUGACACUAUAUGGCACAAGUAUUCAUGCUAUUGUUUCCCCUCAUGAAACCUGGUUUAUUGUACACAUAAUGGGUAUUACUGUUAUUUCAAGUACUAUUAUAAUUAUUAUUGUUGAUUAAAUUAGUGGCAGGCCACUGGGUACCAUUGUAUGUUAAUAUCCCAAUGAAAUCUGUGCAAGAUCAUGAAAAUGUUUAUGAAAUAAAGUAAUAAAAGAACAAAAA